AUGAGAAGAAAGCAGAGAAAGUUAACAGCCAAUGAGUUGGCAAACCAAUGGCAAGGGAGGUAUAUCAAUGAGGUGCUCCAGGAGAACAAAGACAAGGACAAGACAACAACGACCCACCCAUAUCUCACAAUUUCCGCUAAUGCCGUCGCCGUAUUGGUCUCACUAAUGCGUGAUAUAACCGUUCGUGUAUUGGUCACCUCUAGAGACAUGCUUCAAAGUAGAGGCAAGAAAUUGCUAUCAGGUCGCGACAUAUACUAUUCAUCACUCAUUCAUCUUUCCGAGUUGAAGACUAGGAAGAUUCAAUUGAUGGAUGCCAUCAGGCAAGUGAACGUUGUCUCAAUCGAGGCAAACAAGAGACAAAGAAAGUUCCGAGAGAUGUGUCGCCAAACCAAGUGGUUCGCACGCAUGCGCCGAGACGUAUCGCGCAACCUCGCCAACAUGGUUCACUACCUCCUGAACCUUAUCAUUCGACUGUCCUUGGAGCAAGCCAAAGUUGAUAAAAAGACACGAUUGACUCCUAAUCAUAUUGGCCGUGCCUUGCAUCAUGAUGAUGAGUUGAAUAAUCUGUUCAGAGGUGUGACCAUCCCACAAACAAACGUGCGUCUUGGAUACAACAAUCAAAAGAUCAAAGCAGAGCAUGCUGGUACUCCAACUGAAUGGAUGAACUAA